AUGUUGGUAUUGUUUGAGUCGGCCGUCGGUUACGCCGUCUUUAAGGUGAGUACUGGUCACCGGAUGCCACGUCUUGAGCUGUCCUAUCAAUGGUAUGUCUCUAUUCCUCUCAGAUGUCGGACGAGUCGAAGCUCUCGAAAGUGGAUAAUCUGUACAAAGAAGGGAAAGAAGUUGAAGAAAAUGCUUAAGAAAGUGGUGCUCAAAGAUGGCAACGAGGAGUUGGCCGUCGCUGACGCCAAACUCGGGAACGCCAUCAAAGACAAGCUGAACAUCGGGUGCGUCACGAGUCAAGCCAUUCAGGAGCUGAUGAGUUGCAUCCGCUCGCAGAUCGAGAAUCUGAUCCCCGAGUGGGUGCCCGAAGACGAGGCCGCCAUGCAGUUGGGCCUCUCUCACGGCAUCGGGAGAUAUAAACUGAAGUUCAGUCCCGACAAAGUGGACACAAUGAUCAUACAAGCCGUGUCCCUUUUGGACGACUUGGACAAAGAGCUCAACAAUUACGUGAUGAGGAGUAAGGAGUGGUACGGCUGGCACUUCCCAGAGCUCUCCAAAAUAGUGACCGACAACUCGGCGUUCAUCCGCACUGUUCUCACCAUUGGAAUGCGAGCGAACGCCGCGACCACCGAUUUGUCGGAUAUACUGCCCGAAGAGGUGGAGGCGAAGGUGAAAGAGAUGGCAGAGGUGUCGAUGGGAACGGAGAUUGCCGACGAGGAUAUGCUAAACAUUCACCACUUGUGCCAAAACGUAUUGGAUUUGCAAGAAUACAGAACCCAAUUGUUUGAGUACUUAAAGAACCGAAUGCUUGCCAUCGCUCCCAAUCUGACGAUACUUGUGGGCGAACUCGUGGGCGCGCGGCUCAUAUCGCACGCCGGAUCGCUCCUGAAUCUGGCCAAACACCCGGCCUCUACCGUACAGAUAUUGGGCGCCGAGAAGGCGCUACCAAACACGACACACCCAAUGACCGACAACUCGGCGUUCAUCCGCACUGUUCUCACCAUUGGAAUGCGAGCGAACGCCGCGACCACCGAUUUGUCGGAUAUACUGCCCGAAGAGGUGGAGGCGAAGGUGAAAGAGAUGGCAGAGGUGUCGAUGGGGACGGAGAUCGCCGACGAGGAUAUGCUAAACAUUCACCACUUGUGCCAAAACGUAUUGGAUCUGCAAGAAUACAGAACCCAAUUGUUUGAGUACUUAAAGAACCGAAUGCUUGCCAUCGCUCCCAAUCUGACGAUACUUGUGGGCGAACUCGUGGGCGCGCGACUCAUAUCGCACGCCGGAUCGCUUGACUUAGACCGGUUUGUGGGCCGGAGAUGGCAUGUCUAUAACCCGCGGCUCUUCCGCGACAAGGCGCGCGACUUCUGGUUUGUGCUGUGUGGGUUCAUACCCGAGGAUAUAGUGCGGGUUGAGUAG